GAAGUUCAUGUGGGGAACUAGUGGUAGAUCAAAGGGAACAACUACCACUGCAUUAUCGAUUUGGGCGGGUUAGUUUACAACCCGCAAUUUAACCCCAUAUACGACCCAACACUUUUUGGACCCAAAUAUAUUUGGGCGGAUGACCCGUUUACUAACCUAACCCAAUUCACAAGCAACCCCUUGGUUCGAUUUCCUUUACAAUUAAAAAAACAAAAGAAAACCUAACCCGAAACUUGAUACAUCUUUAUCUAGUUAGCUAGAGAGAAAAGAAAGCCCCAAACCGACUUUACAACCCUAGACGAAGACUAGAUUCGCAAUGAUUGUGGUGUAUUUCCGUGGUUAUGAAGCGAGGGGGUCUGCGUGGUAUCGUGUCGAUCUUGUUGAGACCACAAAGUCUGAAGGGAAAAAGAAAAGACGAUGGAGAGCGGAAAGUGAAAAGAGAGAAACAAUUCCUCCCGCUGCGGUGCUCCCUGUGGUUGAUUUCGGAUCUAGUGGAGGCUGGGCCGUUAUUGAAGACGACAUCUACGUGGCUGGGGGAUGGUUCCGUGGCGAUGAUACGAAAAGAAUCGUUAAUAAGGAUGUGAUUAAGCAUAACAUUCAUCAUCCAGAUCCUACCUCUUGGGAAAAAGUAUUUUCCUUGAAAACUCCCCGUGCAUCGUCCUUCCUCGCUGCCGUUGGUAGAAAGCUAGCUGUUGUCGCCGGCAAUUCCACUGACGGCAGAAUCAAGGGAAUUAACGAUGAGAUGGUGGUCGAUGAUGUUUAUGAUUCCAAGUGGAGAAAGUGUGGCGAAAUUUACGACCUCGACAACCAAACUUCUGAGUACCUGAGUUCAGACAUAGCACAUUUUGAGCAUUAUCAACCGUGGGACGCUAAUACCACUGUUGUGGAAGGGAAAACUCAAAUUGUGUUUUAUUCCUUGGUUCAGGGUUCUAUGCUCAUUCUGGAUGCAUCUACUGGUGAAAUAGUGAAAGAAGGAUAUCCCGAUCAUCACUUUGCUUUGAGGGGUGAGCGAGAUAGUCUUCCCCCAGGUAUCCACGGAUCCUUUAUACCAUUGAGCCUUGCUGCCGGUUCUUCACAUGCAGUGUUCCACGACAGUACAUUCUAUUACUUCACCUAUGAACUAAGGCUGUACGGAUAUGAUGUGCAUCAACGGAGAUGGCUCCUAUCUGAAUGCCUUGGAGAUAAAUAUCCCCAACUCAAACCCAAGACUGUCCGUACAGAUCCUGAUUUCCCCCUUUUGGUUGGCCUCCCAAAUGGAAAAUUAUUGGUGCUUAUUUUUCGUGAACGUGGAGUAUUUACAAUGGCCCCCCUCUCCGUCCGCAAAAAUGAUUCCUCUUUAGAUGUGAAGGUGGACGUGGAGCACAUUCAGUAUUUUCACCCUCAUGAUACCUCUUUCUAUCCCUAUCAGGGGAAGGCAAUAAGGUUGAAGAAUACUGGAUCAGGUACCAUGGGAGGAGGGGUCAGAUCUGCAGCGGAGAGCUAAUGGCAUAACACGUUCAAAGGGUUGAGUUGGUGUUGGCUCUUCAAGUUGAUGGAUGCAGUUAGUUUUUUCAGUAUGUUAGUUUUGUGCUUUAGCUUUACGAUGCUAUAAUGUAUCAGUUUGUGUGUGACCUUUGCAUAACUUAUAAAAUUUUGAGUUUGCUCUUUUUCUUC